AUGAAUCAAACAUAUUUUAGAAACUUCACCCUGAUAGGAUUCUCCAGCAAUGUAGAAAAGCAACCAUUUGUUUUCACUGCUUUUUUUCUCGUAUACUUAGUGGGAGUAGUCAGCAAUUUACUAAUGAUUAUACUAAUUAGCACGGAUUCCCACUUGCAUACACCAAUGUAUAUCUUGCUCUGCAACCUGGCCUUUGCUGACAUCUGCACAAGCACGGUCACUCUUAUUAAACUGAUGGAUAUUUUAGCAACCGGUAAUAACACAAUAUCCUUCUUGCAAUGUUUUACUCAGAUGUUCUUUUUUAUAUUACUGAGCGAUGCAGAAAUCGUACUAUUAUCGGUGAUGUCAUACGAUCGUUACGUUGCCAUUUGCAAGCCCUUACACUAUUACAUUAUUAUGAAUAGGAAAAAAUGUUCACUGCUUUUAGUAGCUGUUUGGGUACUUGGAUUCCUGAAUUCUUUACCUCUCACUUGUUAUAUGUCUGCUUUAAAUGUUUGCGCUUCUAAUGAGAUUCCAAACUUCUAUUGUGAUUUCAAGGCGAUGACAAAAAUCUUCUGCACUGGCUUGGGAUUUUCCAUUAUGACAUAUACAGAAACAUUAUUAGGAGGACUUUUUCCUUUUUUGCUAAGCUUAAUGUCAUAUUAUAAAAUCAUCACAUGUAUUUUAAGAAUAAAGUCCACAAAUGGAAGAAGAAAAGCCUUUUCUACCUGUGUAUCCCAUCUUACAGUGCUUGCUAUUUUUUAUGGAACUCUUUUUUGUAUUUAUGCCAAACCAACAAGGGAACACGCUGAAGUAUUAGACCAGCUGUUCUCAAUAGGGUACACUGUAGUCACCCCUAUAUUAAACCCACUGAUAUAUAGCCUACGGAAUAAAGAGGUGAAAUCUGCUAUGAAAAAAGUUUUCAGAGACAAACAAAUAAAUUUCAGAGUUUAUAAUGAAAUAGAAAAAAAAUACUAG